AUAUAUAUAGUUAAGUAUAUCCGUGUUUAUUCAAUUUUUUUUUUUUCUUUCUUUCUAAAGAUUUAUUAAUUUUAUUAGUAUCUAUAUAAAACAAACACAUAUAAAAUGUCUGGUGGUAAAGGAAAAGCUGGUUCUUCAGAAAAGGCCUCAACUUCAAGAUCAGCCAAGGCUGGUUUAACUUUCCCAGUUGGUAGAGUUCACAGAUUAUUGAGAAAGGGUAACUACGCUCAAAGAAUUGGUUCUGGUGCUCCAGUUUACUUAACUUCUGUCUUAGAAUAUUUAUCUGCCGAAAUUUUAGAAUUAGCCGGUAACGCUGCUAGAGACAACAAGAAGUCCAGAAUUAUCCCAAGACACUUACAAUUAGCCAUCAGAAAUGAUGAAGAAUUGAACAAGUUAUUGGGUCACGUUACAAUUGCCCAAGGUGGUGUCUUACCAAACAUCCACCAAAACUUAUUACCAAAGAAGUCCGGUAAGGCCACCAAAGCUUCUCAAGAAUUGUAAGCGUAGUGGUUAACUGCUAAUUUUAUUCUCAAUUUUUAGUUCUUUGUGUAUUAUAUAUAUUUAUAUCUAUAAAUGUCCCAUAUUUGUUAAUGAAAAUAUCAUUAUAUUAGUCAAUCUCCACAGUUUUUU